CCCCUCCCUGUGUGCUCAGCGUCAGUCGUUCGGCCCUCCGCUGCUGCGCUAGGAGUCGGACACGCGCGAGCUUUCUGGGGGAGGCCGGGGGACACGCUGGGCAAGAGAUCGUUCGGCUUUCCGCGCUCACACCUGCCGGUUGCUAGGAGAAAAACGCCAGUGCGUUGGGGACUGCCGCGGGGCAUGCCGGACCAGCGAUCGCUCGGCCCUCCGCUGCUCGCGCCUGCCGGUUGCUAGGAGUCGAGGUCGCGCAGGCACGGUGGGCCCGCCGCGGGGCAUGCCGGUCCAACGAUCGCUCGGCUCUCGGCUACUCAUGCCUGCGAGAACGCGCAGGCGCGCUGGCCACUGCCGCGGGGCGUGCCAGGACUACGGUCUUUCGGCCCUCCGCAGCUCUCGCCUGCCGGUUGCUAGGAGUCGGAGACGCCGGCCCUGCUAAGGCUGCGUUGUCGCCGGGUGUCACCCCCGUGUCGUGCUUGGUGCGCGGAGCGCAGCUGGCCUCCCGGGCCUCCGAGUGGCGAUGGAGCCCGGAAAGAGAAGAACCAAAGAGGACACUUGGAAAGCAGAUGACCUCAGAAGACACCUUUGGGCUGCACAGUCGGGAAGUCCCAAGGAAGAAAAGAAACACAGAGGAAAGAAGCUGCAGAAGGAGCUGGAAGUCGGUCUCCCUGAACCCCCAGAGCAGAAGCACAGGGACCCCGGCCCCACGUACAGAGAGAAAGUGGCUGAGGGGGACGGCAACACCUGCAGGGAGGCUGCUCGCGGGGAGAGAGACCAAGAGAAGCCACGGGAGAGGAGGCGGGACGCCAGGGACUGGGACAGAGGGAGGCUUCGCGACAAGUCCCGGGAACAGGAUGCAGACAAGCCUCAGAAUCGAGGCAAAGACCGGGAGAAGGACCGAGACCGCCAGGCGCGCAAGGAGCAGCCCCGGCCAGCGGGCGCACACCGCCACCUGCUGGGCGGGGCGGGGCAGGAGCGGGAGCGCAGCAGGCGCGCAGUGAGUAAAGUAAGAACUGAAGACAAGGAAAGGCGAAAUGAAGACUCUGAAAGAGGAGAUGAAGAGAGAGAAAGAAGAUACCGAGAAAGAAAGUUGCAGUAUGGUGACAGCCAAGACAAUCCUCUUAAGUAUUGGCUUUAUAAAGAAGAAGGUGAAAGGAGGCAUGGGAAGCACAAAGAAGCAAACCGGGAAAAGAAACAUCGAGAAGAAAGCAGCACAAGGGGAAAAAGAGAGAAGUAUUCAAAAGGAAAAAGUAAUUCGUACUCUGACAAGGCAGGGGAAGAAAGACGCAAAGAAAAACCACAUAAAGAGGCUUUUCAUUUUGAUGACGAGAGGCACCGAGGGAGCCUGGAUAAAAAAGAGAGGUCGUCGAAGGAAGAGCAUAAGAAAAGGGAGCCCAAGAAUGGUGAGCACAGGAACCGAGGUGGAAGUUCAAAGAGAGACGGGACUGGCAGCCAGCAUGUGGAGAGUUUAGUAAAGAAUAAUGGAAAAGAUGAAGACUCAAGAAGGAAGCACAGCCGUGACGAGGUCUCCUCAGCGUGGCCAGAGACUCAGAGGCAAGGAUGUGAAGAAACUGAGGAAAUUGAAAAGGAAGUCAUUGACUUAGAAAAUGUUGGAACUGAUGAAUAUACAGCCGAUUUUGAAGACUAUGAAGACGACUUUGAGGUCUGUGAUGGAGAGGAGGAUGAUAACACCAGUGAGCCAGAAUCUGGAGACAAGGUCGAAGAACUUCCUCUCGCCAGGAAAAGGGAGAUACAGGAAAUUCAAAAAGCCAUUGAUGCAGAGAAUGAAAGGAUUGGCGAGCUGUCCUCCAAGCUGCUUCAGGAGCAAGAUCACGUGGGGUGUCGGCGGGACUCAGGGCCAGAUGCAAACAUUUCCCCUCCCAGAGCCCCGGUUUGUGGAAUUUUUGUGGAUUUUGCUACAGCCUCCCACCGUCAGAAGAAUCGGAGUCAGGCCCUUAAGCAGAAGAUGCGCAGUACAAAACUGCUUCGGCUUAUCGACUUGGAUUUUUCAUGCACAUUCUCUCUCUUGGAUCUGCCACCAGUAAAUGAAUAUGACAUGUAUAUCAGAAACUUCGGGAAAAAAAAUACCAAGCAGGCGUAUGUUCAGUGUAAUGAAGAUAAUGUUGAGCGAGAUAUUCAGACUGAGGCGGUCGACACCAGGGACGCGUGGACCCAGCACCCAGGAGAAGGCACGGCUGUAUCUGGCGGGAGCGAGAGCAGAGACCUGACUGAUGCGGUGGGUCCACCGAAGGUCGACACGCUGAGACUGUCCAGCUUUCUCCAGGCGGCCUGCCAGGUGGUUACAGUCUUGCUGGAAGAGGACCGUAUGGUAGCGGCACCCGGCUGCAGCCCCGGGGCACGGGGUGGCACCCUGCCCUUCAGCGACAGCGCCGCCCAGCUCGACACCUGCCUGCCGUUCCUGCAGCAUCGAAAAGUGUCCUUCUUGCACGCCUCUCCGGCUCAGAGACAGACAGUGGUGUCCGUGCACGGCCGGCUGGCUGAGGCACGUGCCUCCCCGCUGGACGGCAGCUACGUGCUGUGUGUGUGGGACAUCUGGCAGCGCUGCGGGCCGCAGAAGGUCCUGGUCUGUGAGUCAGAGGUCACGUGCUGCUGCCUGAGCCCCGUCAAGGCCUUCCUGCUGUUUGCGGGAACCGCACAUGGCUCGGUGGUUGUGUGGGACCUGAGAGAGGACUCUCGGAUGCAUCGCUACGUGAAGCUGAGUGAUUGCAGCUGGACGUUCCGGACGGCCACGUUUUCCACAGAUGGCAUCCUUACGUCUGUAAACCACCGCAGCCCUCUGCAAGCAGUAGAACCUGUCUCAGUGUCUGUCUACAAAAAACAGAGUUUUGUAUUUUCACCCUUUUCUUCUCAAGAAGAAAUGUCAGGUCUGUCAUUCCACGUUGCUUCCUUGGAUGACGGCGGGGUCCUCAACAUGUGGGUGGUUGUGGAAUUACCAAAGGCAGAUAUUGCAGGUUCAAUAAGUGAUUUAGGGUUGAUACCUGGAGGGCGGAUAAAGCUGGUGCACAGCGCUGUGGUCCUGCUGAGUGACAGCCUUUCCCAUAAAGGUUACAAAUUUUGGGGGUCCACACAAACACUGAAUGUCAAGUUUCUGCCUUCAGAUCCUAAUCACUUCAUUGUUGGCACCGACAUGGGUCUGAUAAGCCAUGGCACCAGGCAGGACUGGAGAGCGUCACCCAGACUGUUCAAACCCCGGCACCGUGGCGUGUGCCCUGUGAAAGUGAAUGUGAUUGAUUUCUCACCGUUUGGAGAACCAGUAUUCUUGGCCGGCUGUUCUGAUGGAAGCAUCCGGCUACACCAGCUGACGUCCGAGCACCCUGUCAUGCAGUGGAGUGACAGCACGGGGGGCCGCGCCGUCACAGGCCUGCAGUGGUCCCUAACGAGAGCAGCCGUGUUCCUGGCCCAGGAUGACUCCUCCUGUGUGUAUCUUUGGGACCUCCUGGAGAGCGACCUGGGUCCAGUAGCCAAGCAGCUCGUCUCUCCAGACAGGUUAGUGGCCAUGGCGGUCGUGGGUGAACCGGAGAAGAACAGCAGUGGCUUCCUGGCCCUGGUGCUGGCCAGAGCCUCGGGCAGCGUGGACGUCCAGUUCUUGAAGAAGGAGUGGGUGAGCCCAGUGGCUGACGAGCAGAGGAGACUGCAGCUGCUUCUGCAAGGAGCUGUUUAGGGCGAGCCUGGGUGCUGUCGAGACGGCCGGGCUGCGAAGGACCAAACGCAGGAGGCUUGAUGACACAGCGCGUGCUUUCUGCCUCGCGAGCGUGUACACUUGUGUAUAUAGGACACAUUCUGUACAGGAUUCAUUUUAUGAGUGUGUCCCUCCAGUAUUCCCAAGAAAUAAAUCACUAGUUUUGAAGGGAAACAGCAGACAGUUUUAGUGUAUUCUGAGCUUCAGAGGAAAUAUAGUUCUGUCCAGUAUGCUCUUUUCUGAGAAUAUUUCUAUUUAUUUUUAGAACAGCCUUAAAAUAUUGUCAGAUUUAUUCUAGAUUUUAAGCAGUCCACCAUGAAGAUGUACUUGAAUGAACAGCUGUCUUAGCCGUGCGUAAGAUGACACACACACAACUUUUUUCCGAGCAGAGGGUUUUCUCUGCCCUUGUUUGUCACUGACCCCCGAACACCUGCUGCAGCGCUCGGUACAUAUGCAGGGCUCAGGUCUGUGUUAAAUGGAUGACGGUCUUGUUCCUGUUUCCUCUGCGUCUCCCUAAUACUCGUGACAGUCACAUCAAAGCGGGAAGUCUGGGGGGCCCUGCUGUUAGUGAACGAGCACAUCCGCCCUGUGUCUUUUCUUCUCGCUUGUGACCUCCUUAACAACUGGCCUAGAAUAAAGAUGGACAUUGUUUGUA